AAGUUCAAGCAGUUUCCAGAACAGCCAAAUCCCGACACCAAACACCCUUCCCUUGCUCCAGGCCCACAAAAUGAGUCUAUUAACUCUCCCAUAAAACACGCCACACAAGACCCUUCUCUCCUUCCAAUACUUUCCAGCGUGAUCCAGUAGCCACACAGCUUGCAACCGACCCUCCCGUCCCCCCACUUCAGCCCAAACCACAUUCCUCAGCGCCUUUCCCCUUCCUGUUCGCUCCCUCUCCUCCAUAAGGUGGUGGUUCCCCUUCCCCCCGUUUAACAGACGAUGGGCAGAGAACCGGGGGAGGGGGGAACCACACAAGGCGAGACCCCCCCCCAAUCUCUGCUGUUACAGGCAGAAACUGGGGGAGCCCUUUGUUUCGUGGAUUGACAUGGGAGGCUGAGACCGAGUCUAGAGACACCCGUGAGGAGAAGGAGCCAGGGAAGAGCCCACCCGCGGCUCUCGGGGCAGGAAUGGAGGACGGAGAAGGAUCCAGGGAGCAGCGCGGAGGCCCGGGGAGGGGGGAGUGUUUUACCUUCGUCCAGCAACCUCUCGAGGUGGUUGAAGAUCCCGCAGAAGUUGGGGAGGCUGCUCAUCAGCUUCUUGUCGUUCAUCAGCUGCAUCAGGUAAUCGGGGCUCGGCUUCGGCUUCUCCUUGGUUUCCAUUUCCCCAACCAUAUUCCAAUCGCGCAGAGCCCGCGAGCGCCCGCCGCGCAGCCCAACCACGGCACGGGGCGCCCGGCCGGAUCCGGGCGGGGAGGGGGGGCUCCCCGAGGAGGAAGAAGAUUCAAUCAGCAACAAACCAACCCGCCACCGCCGGGUCCCGGGUGCAGAAAAGAGGAAACUCGGUCUCCCCCCGUUCCCCGGCUCCCUGCGCCCCCGGCCGGCCGGCGCAGUCCUCCAGGUCCCCCCUCCUCCCGCGCGCACACGCUAAGCCCAGCGCCUCUCCGCGGCACUGCCCCUGCCUGCUCUCCGCGGCGGGGGAGGGGGUCGGGCAGCCGCUGCUGCUGCUGUUGCUUCCCGAGGAGCUGCCGCCGCCGGCGGUUGUUUUCUCCCGGCCGCUGCUGGUGUCUCUGCCGCCGCGCUGCGCCCGGUGUCCUCACCACCUCCCUCCCGCUGCCUGUGGCUGGUGAGUCUCAGCCCCGCCGCCGCCUCCUCACUUCUCCUCAGUUCGCUCCGGAGUUCGCCUUAGUCCAGGCUGCGCUGGUAGCAGCAGCGGCGGCGGCGGCAGGGGAGGGGGCAGGACACGCGGGGGGAGGGGAAGGGACACGCCGGGGGGAGGGAGCAGGGGCGGGGCGGCCGUUAGUCAGGGAACAGCGGCGGCGCCACUUGGCGGAGCCAACCCGCGCCUCACUCGCACUCUCGGGACUUAGUGGGGCGGGGGGCGCAGCUCCCCAGGGAAGCGCUGACGGGAAUAAGGAGAGGCGGAGCCAAGAGGCCGCUCCGCGCCUCUCUUCCCCUCUCCACACACACGUGAAGAGCUACGUGCGGCGCACGCGGAGAGGCUCGCGCUAUUCCCCCUGCGCGCGGCCCCGGCUCGCCUCUUAAAGGCACGCAUGAAAAACUCUUCAAAACAACAAACUCCUGUUACUUCAUUCCGCGAGGGGGCGGGGCUGAGUCACGUGCUGCGGGGGAAAGCCCCGACGCUGCGCAUGCGCGACCGUGAUCUUCACACUCCGUUUCGAGGGUGGCGUCGCCUUGGCGCCGCCUCCUGUGGAGGAAUGGGGAGGGGACGCAGGGCGCGUCAUGGGGUGGGGGGAAGGAUACGCGGUGCGCGAGGAGUAACGGCCAACGUUUACAGCGGCAGCGAUGAGGGAGACGGAAACGCCGCCGCCGGAGGCGGUGCGGGGUGGAUGGAAGGCUCCGCCGCCUCCGAUAGCCACGGACGGGAAGAGGGAAACGCCUCGUGGUAGCGGCCUUCAGGCGACCCCGCCCCCCUGCACUCACACGCCGCGGCGCCCAGUCGUCCAGGGGCGCGGAGCCGGCGGGCUUGUGUAGCCUGCGCUCAGCAGCGUGACGGGCGCUGUGUGCCAGCGGCUUAGGGGAGGGACAGGCGGGGGUUCGGGGGGUAGUUUACCGCCCCGCGGCCUGGAGCGGCGCAGCCCGCACGGCUCUUUAGGCGUAUCAGCCCUGGCGAUGUCUGGGCCGCGCAGCCCCGCGAUGCUGCUGGGUGCAUGGCCGUGUGCUGCCCGCCGCACCAAAGGCCCCGGCCGAGGCGUUUCUCAUUGAAGAGGCAGCCGUGAAUCGCGAGGAACAGCGGGGCGGGAGGGGGCAGCUAUACAGCAAUGCCCAGCCUUGGAGGGCCGAAGCGUCUCGAACGCCAAAGCACUGAGCGCCCUGAGCAUUUCAUUUGAGGAUGGAGCACCCAGCGACCACAACUAAAAUCCAGAUCCCCAUAGUAGGAGAAAGUCCCUUCUGAUGUAAUGAUAAUCUAAAUAGACAAAGGGUGGGAGAAAAAAAAUAUUGUUCCCAGUUGGGGAACAGUGGCACAGAACAUGGUAACACAGGAAGUCAUUGGCUGAGUCAGAAAUUGAACCCUCAUUCUACUGCAUCCCAGCCCAGGGCCUCAACAACAAGACCAGCCUUCUUCUCUGUAGUGCCUUCUUUGUAGUCUCACCAGUUUGUCGGAAAGAAGGGUCAAUUCUGAGGACCUGGAAACUCUUGUCUGGGCCAACAGAUUUCAGGUGUUAGUGAGAAGUUUGGUUUAGCUGGCUUACACUACUAAUACAGAGUUUGAAACACAAAUACAGUGCAUAAGCUGUGCUUUCACUUCCUGUGGGAACCACCUGUAGCCACAGAUUCCAAACCUGUUAGCACCAUCUCUGCCUCCAAAAGAAGAAAAUGCUCAAAUGCAGCAGAACAAACAAAUCAAGAUUCUUAAAAUAACAAUUUCAGUGAAUUUUGCAGCCAGGGCCACAAAUUUGCCUAGUGAUCGCUUUCUGUGCUUGUUCAACCUUCCUUCAAAAGCACACAAUGCUAGGAACAAGUUUUUCACCUUCCUGAAUCAAAAGUUCUGCAGUGAACUGAGAAUUUAGGACCAAAUUCUAAAUCCUUACUUAUGCAGAGUAAGAUUGUCAGUGAGACAGACUUAAAUAUAAAGAGCCAAAUCACAGUGCUAUGCAAGAUUACUCAAGUGAGUAAAGUUUACAGCACAGCCUUGCCCUUUGUUGCUUGCCAAAUGAAGAACUUGAAGAAUCAAAGGAAGUGGUUUCCAUGGGACCAAGGAAUCUUGGUCAUACUCAGAAGCCAAAUGUAGUUAAGGCUGUAAAAAUUAUACAACACACAAGUUUGUAGAUCAUUUCUGCCUAUAUUCAUCCUUGACAACUAACAUUAAAAUUAAUAGCCUGUUCUUUCAAUCUAAUUUUAAAUAUUGGCACGUUUUAUCUUAAAUAAAUCAGAUACUCCUUAAAAAAUCUCAAAGAUUUUUCAUAAUUUGUAUAAUGCUUGGGCUAAGAUUGUUCCUUAUGAAUUAAUGCACAGCUAUCCCUUUUUCAGUGCCAAAGCUAUCCCUUUUUCAGUUGAUACAUAUGUGAUGCCAAGAUGGAGCUCCAGUGAGUUCAGGAAUGGAGUUGGGGACAUACCACUCUACACAACCCACAAAGAGUCUAGUGAUUUCCACAGUGUAAGAGCAGAAUAAACGGUCAGACUUGUACGACUUCCCACUGAGUCUCCCACCCCCAACCCUCAUGGCUGCUAUUGAGCAGCUGCCGAGGAACCCAGCCAAUGGAAAUCCCUUCUAUUCUUGUUUUUUUCUAAUGUGCCCACCACUACAGUAUCCAACUGCCCAUUUUGGAGCUGUGAUGUCAUAUGGUAAAGAGUCCAACAAAGCGUCCCCCCAACUCUCUGCAGAGACAAUCCCUUACCUGCAAAUACUCAAGACUAUGGUAAUUGUGAAGUAAAACAGCCUCCAAAAUCUAUGAUAUUUCACCCAAAGAGAUUGAGUCAAGAAAAACCUGAAAUUAACUUUGGAGAGCUUUCUUCUCCCGUUGGCCCCUCUUCUGGGCUUCUAGUUAAAAAAAUCAAUUGAAACUUGGUUUUAAAAAAAAAUUACAUUGUUGAAAAAACAGAUGAAAUGUAAAAAAAAAAAAAAAAUACAGCACACAGUAGUUUGGGCCUAAAGUUUCCAAUUAA